CGGAGAAUAAAAAUGGGAACUCCUGGAUCAGGACGGAAGAGAACUCCAGUGAAAGACAGGUUUUCUGCAGAAGAUGAAGCUCUGAGUAGCAUUGCCAGAGAGGCAGAAGCCAGGCUUGCAGCCAAACGGGCAGCUCGAGCAGAAGCAAGAGAUAUACGGAUGAGAGAGCUGGAGCGACAGCAAAAAGAGUUUUCUCAGCAUUCAUAUGAUAGAAAAUGGGCUCAUAUCCAGAAAUGGAUGGAAGAUUCAGAGAGGGCCAGGUAUUCUCACCGGUCCAGUCAACAUUCAUAUUUGAGUUCUUUGGAUGUCAGUGCAUCUCACAGGAGCAGACCAAGUACCUCCAGAAGGAGAGAUCUUGUGUAUGACAGUGCUAAGGAUAGAUCUACAAGAUACUCGGUCCCUAGUCAUGCUUACAGUGAAUCUCAUAGUUCAAAGAAGAAAGCUGCUUAUUCCCGUAAAGAUUUAUUGAGUGGAAUUUACUAUGAUCAAAGAAAUUAUAGCAGCCUUAGAUAUAGUAAACCAGUUCCUUCCUACCAUACUCGGUCGUCUUCUCUAUACAGUGAUCCAGUGGCAACAACUAGGAGUUACAGGGUGUCUCCUUCUGUAAACACUGGUUUGAUAAGAAGUAUCAGUUUGGCAUCUUUGUGUGGUGAUGGAUUACAUAGCUCAUAUAGUUCUCGCACUCCGUCUGAAUACAGUUAUUCUUCAAGAGCAAGCUCAGUUCGAAGUAGUCCCGUGUCCUCUGAUUUUUCUGAUCAAAGUGAAACUGCUGCUGACUAUUUUAGUCGUUCCAACCGCAGGGGAAGCAUUGUUUCCGAUGCAGAUGAUGUCCAAGGUUUGAAUAGUCUGGAAGAAAAGAGUGAAAAAUCACAUUCAAAAAUAUUUUUUCUUCCAUCAUCUCGCAAUUCAGUAAGUGCAACUCCUCUGAGUGGCAACUCAUCUAGGAGAGGAAGUGGAGACACGAGCAGUUUGGUGGAUCCUGAUGCCUCCCUCAGUGAAUUACGGGAUAUCUAUGAUCUUAAGGACCAGAUACACGAUGUAGAAGGGAGAUACAUGCAGGGACUUAAAGAACUAAAGGAUUCACUAGCUGAAGUUGAAGAGAAGUACAAGAAAGCUAUGGUUUCCAAUGCUCAACUAGACAAUGAGAAAAACAACUUGGUUUACCAAGUGGAUACUCUAAAGGAUGUCAUUGAGGAGAAAGAAGAACAGAUAGCAGAGUUCUAUAGGGAGAAUGAAGAGAAGUCAAAGGAAUUUAAAAGACAGAAACACACGUGCAGUGUUCUACAGCAUAAGCUGGAUGAACUUAAAGAGGGCCUUCGACAGAGAGAUGAAUUGAUAGAGGAGAAUCAACGCAUGCAGCAGAAUAUAGACUCCAUAACCAAAGAGGUGUUUGAUCUCCAGGAGACAAUUAAUUGGAAAGAUAAAAUAAUAGGGGCCCUAGAAAGACAGAAAGAUUACUUUGACUGCAUUAAGAAUGAGCGAGAUGAGCUCAGAGAGGAGUUGGCUGACCUGAAGGAAACAAUGAAGAGAGGAGAGAAACAUGGAUUAGUUAUAAUUCCAGAUGGCACACCAAAUGGUGAUGUAAACCAUGAAUCAGUGGUUGGUGCAAUAACAGUUGUAUCACAGGAAGCUGCUCAAGUCUUGGAAUCCGCAGGAGAAGGACCACUAGAUGUCCGGCUACGAAAACUGGCUGGAGAAAAGGAGGAAUUAUUGUCCCAGGUUAGAAAACUGAAGAUGCAGUUGGAAGAAGAACGACAGAAAUAUUCUAAAAGUGAUGGCAUGAAUCCAGAUAUCAUAGGCUUAGAGAACGGUUCUGACUUACAGCUAAUCGAAAUGCAGAGAGAUGCCAACAGACAAAUUAGUGAAUACAAAUUUAAGCUUUCAAAAGCUGAACAAGAUAUAACUACCUUGGAACAAAAUAUUGGACGACUUGAGGGGCAGGUUGCAAGGUAUAAAAAUGCAGCGGAAAAUGCAGAAAAAGUAGAAGAUGAACUCAAAGCUGAAAAGAGAAAGCUUCAGCGAGAGUUAAGAACAGCACUGGAUAAGAUAGAAGAGAUGGAGAUGACCAAUAGCCACUUAAUGAAAAGGCUGGAGAAGAUGAAGGCAAAUAGGACUGCGCUUUUAUCUCAACAGUGAAGUGGAAAUUGAAAAUAUGAUGCACUGCUCCUUGAAUAACUAGCCCCUAGCUUGUUUUUAAAUACAGACUUUCAUUGGCACAAACUAUUUGAACACUGAGCUGUUCAUUGGUGUUUUAGUUUCAUAAUUAAAUGGCAUACUUCUUUUUGUAACUUAUGAGAGAAUGAAACAUAGUUUGAAUUCCCAUGUGAAUGACAGCAAUUUUUCUGUUAGCAUUUGAUUCUAGAGUCAGAGCUGGAGCACAAUGCUGUAUGUUCGACUUAGCGAUAGAAAAUGUUUUUACAACUGUGGAAUCAAGUUUACUCACGAUCUCUUUUGGCUGCUUUAAUGAUGCUUGAUGCUCGGAGACAACUGCAUGAAUUCAAGAAGACACUGUAUUACUGUAUUAUAAACUAACAUAUAUUUGCUCAAGACAUCACACAGCACAAGUGCCUUGUAUCUGGUGCAAUUUAGACUUCAUUGUUGAAAUAACCUUUGAAAUCAGAUAACAUUUUAUUUUAAGAUACAUUUGGAGUAUUCACUAAACUUUAUACAUUUUGAAAAUACAUUUUUGUAAAAUAUUUAAAUUUAUAAAAAAAAAAUAGGGA